AUGUCUUCUAGCUGCCAGUUCAACUCUGGGGCUAGUACCCCCAGGCCACUCUACCACAACAACAACGGCUCAACAUGUUCGACAAACGUUUGCACCGAAAAGAACAUUGAUGGAAAUACCGAGAUCCCCAUGAGCGAAGAGGAACCAAACGUACACGACGAAAAUGUAAUGCAACUUGCUCGCCAACUCACAAAAAGGUCGACAGCAGCACCAGGAACUCUGUUUCCUCAAGCAGAUGGACCGUUGAACCCAAGCAGUCCAAUCUUUAACGCUAAGAAAUGGGCAAAGGCGUUCUACGAGCUGAGGACCGAUACAUCUGAAGGCAACCCUCCACGGACGACUGGUGUUGCCUUUCGGAACUUGAACGUGUUCGGUUUUGGUUCAGAUACCGAUUUCCAGAAGAGCGUUGGCAAUGUCUUUCUUGAAGCAGGAACCUUGGUGAAGAAAUUGCUUCACGACAAGCAAAGGCGAGUUGACAUCUUGCAGAACCUCGAGGGUGUUGUGCAAAGUGGUGAGAUGCUGGCUGUCCUUGGCCCUCCUGGUUCAGGCUGUUCAACCUUUCUCAAGACCAUUGCUGGAGACACGCAUGGGUUUCACAUCGACAACGGCUCUGAGAUUAACUACUCUGGUAUUCGCCCCGAAGAAAUGCGAACGGCUUUCCGAGGCGAGGCGAUAUAUACAGCCGAAGUCGACCAUCAUUUUGCCCAUCUCACGGUAGGCGACACACUUUAUUUUGCCGCCCGUGCGCGUUGUCCAAAGAAUAUCCCUGAAGGCAUUAGUCGACGCGAAUAUGCAGAGCAUCUACGAGAUGUAACAAUGGCUAUGUUUGGUAUCUCUCAUACCAAGAAUACGCGAGUGGGAGAUGACUUUGUGAGAGGCGUUAGUGGAGGUGAGAGGAAGCGUGUGACGAUUGCUGAGGCAGCUUUGAGCUAUUCGCCGCUUCAAUGCUGGGAUAAUAGCACAAGAGGUCUUGAUAGUGCUAAUGCUUUGGAAUUCUGUCGCACUUUGAGGACACAGGCUGAUGUGAUGGGCUGCACUUCUGCUGUUGCCAUCUACCAAGCGUCUCAGGAUGCUUACGAGGUCUUCGACAAAGUCCUCGUACUGUACCAAGGAAGACAGAUCUUCUUUGGUAGGACAGGAGAGGCCAAGGCAUACUUUGAAGGACUUGGCUUUGUCUGCCCAGAACAACAAACCACAGCCGACUUUCUCACUUCCAUGACAAGCCACCAAGAACGAAUCAUCCGACCCGGUUUCGAGGGAAAAGCGCCCAGAUCUCCAGACGAGUUCGCACAAGCUUGGAAAGACAGUAUCCAUCGCCAGACUCUAUUGACUGAAGUGGACGACUAUAUCCAACGACAUCCUUUCGGCGGCGAGCACUACGAAAAGUUUGUCGAUUCCAGGAAGCGAGACCAGUCCAAGUCUCAACGUGUAAAGUCGCCAUUUACUCUAUCCUACAUGGAGCAGAUGAGUCUCACCUUGGGACGAAGCUGGGUCAUGCUCAAAGCCGAUCCCAGUGUAACGGUCACUCUUUUACUCUGCAAUCUUGUCGAGUCUCUUGUCAUCGGAAGCAUCUUCUACAACCUACCAGAGACUACGGACGCGCUCAUGAAGCGUGGCUUAUUUAUCUUCUUUAUUCUUUUGAUGAACGCCUACAACAACGUCUUGGAGAUUAUGACACUCUACGCCAAGCGCAACAUUGUCGAGAAGCACGCCCGCUAUGCUCUGUACCAUCCGAGCGCAGAGGCUCUUUCGUCCAUGUUGGUUGAUCUGCCGUACAAGAUCUUCAAUACCAUCAUGAUGAACACUACCAUGUACUUUAUGGGUAAUCUUCGUCGUGACGCUGGACACUACUUUUUCUUCCUUUUGGUGUCUUUCGUGACGACGUUGAAUUUCUCCAUGCUUUUUCGACUCAUCGCAUCCCUCACCAAGACCAUCGCCGCGGCGCUCGCUCGUGCCUCCAUUAUGCUCCUUGUCAUCGCUCUUUACACAGGCUAUGCUAUUCCACCGCAGUACAUGCCUGUUUGGAUCGGCUGGUUACGCUGGAUCAAUCCGACCUUCUAUGGUCUCGAGAGUCUUUUCAUCAACGAGUUCGGAGGGAGAAGUUACCCCUGCUCCAACUUUGUGCCCAGUGGUCCUGAGUACUCUGACAUCUCGCGAUUCUCGCAAGCCUGUGCAGUACAAGGCUCUGUCCCAGGAGAGGACUUUGUUCGAGGAUCUGCCUACCUUUCUACAGCGUACGGAUACCUCGACUCUCACAAGUGGCGCAACUUUGCAGUUGUCAUUGCUUUCUCGAUUCUGUUUAUGGGCCUGCACUUGAUCGCCACCGAGACCAUCGCCUCUGAGCGUUCCAAGGGUGAAGUCCUCGUGUUUACGCGCAAGGAGAUGAAGAAGCAUGUUGGAAAGGGUAAGAGUGACGAGGAAGCAGGCAGUGUUGGUGGUACUCAGCUCGCAAGCGGCAAUGAAGCUACUGAGGAGGUUACGGAUGUGGAUGAGCAGACUUCUGUUUUCCAUUGGAAGAAUGUCUGCUACGAUGUCAAGAUCAAGGGAGAGACGCGUCGUAUCUUGGACCAUGUUGAUGGUUGGGUGAAGCCGGGAACUCUCACUGCACUAAUGGGAUCUUCAGGCGCCGGCAAGACGACAUUGUUGGAUGUCCUCGCCAGUCGAGUCACUAUGGGCGUUGUGACAGGCGAGAUGCUCGUCGACGGAAAACUUCGCGAUGAAUCCUUCCAACGAAAAACAGGCUAUGUUCAACAGCAAGACUUGCAUGUCCACACCCAAACAGUCCGCGAAGCGCUCAACUUUAGCGCCCUUCUUCGACAGCCAGCCAAGUACACUCGCCAGGAAAAGCUCGACUAUGUGGACACUGUGAUCAGUCUUCUCGACAUGGAAGAAUACUCUGACGCUAUUAUCGGCGUGCCAGGCGAGGGUCUCAACGUGGAACAACGGAAAAGGCUUACCAUCGGCGUUGAGUUAGCUGCGCGCCCGCAGUUGUUGUUGUUUUUGGAUGAGCCUACGUCUGGACUGGAUAGUCAGACGUCUUGGUCUAUCUGCAACUUGAUGCAGAAGCUCACCAACAACGGACAAGCCAUUCUUUGCACUAUUCAUCAACCUUCGGCCAUGUUGUUCCAACGCUUCGAUCGACUUCUCUUGUUAUCUCGUGGUAAGACCAUCUACUUCGGCGACAUUGGUAAGAACUCAAGGGUUCUUGUGGAUUAUUUCGCUCGUAACGGCGGACCCGAGUGUCCAGCGGGAGUCAACCCUGCCGAGUACAUGCUCGAGGUUAUUGGUGCUGCCCCUGGCGCUCACACGGAGAUCGACUGGCCCGAGGUUUGGAGAAGUUCUCAAGAACACGAACUUGUUCAGCAGGAGCUCGGGAGACUAGCAGGUCAGGGAAGCACUCACGCUGAGCAGAACGAUGGAACGGAGUACAACGAGUUUGCUGCUACGUCUUAUGUGCAGUACACGCAGGUCACCAAGCGGCUGUUUCAGCAGUACUGGAGAAGUCCUGGAUACAUCUACUCCAAAGCCAUCCUGUCUGCUGGUGCAUCACUCUUUAUUGGUCUCUCAUUUCUGAAUGGACAAAACACUGAACGAGGUCUUCAGAACCAGAUGUUUGGCAUUCUCGUCUUCCUCACUAUCUUCACCCAAAUCGUCCAGCAGAUGCUUCCAGACUACGUUGCUCAACGUACAAUGUACGAAGCCCGCGAGCGCCCAUCGAAAACGUACUCUUGGAAGGCUUUUAUGGUUUCUACUAUCUUGGUUGAAGCAGUAUGGAACUCGCUCAUGGCUGUGCUCUCGUUCAUCUGCUGGUACUUCCCCACUGGACUGUACCGCAACGGUUACGCGACUGAUGCAGCAGACUCUCGCAACGCGACUGUUUUUCUCUUUGUGUGGAUGUUUUUCAUGUUUACUAGCACGUUUGCGCACAUGAUCAUUGCAGGUUUUGACACUGCCGAAGUUGCAGGCGGACUUGUCACGUUGAUGAUGAUUAUGAUGUUUUCUUUCUGCGGUAUUCUCGCCACACCUGAAGAACUACCUGGUUUCUGGAUCUUCAUGAACCGCGCCUCACCCUUCACCUACGUCGUCGAAGGCCUCAUGGGUACAUCAAUGGCCAACGCGGAUGCAGGCUGUGAGCCCAACGAGCUCAUCAACUUCAGCGCACCCAACGGUACAACGUGCGGCGACUACAUGAAGACCUAUUUGUCUGAAAUAGGCGGCUACAUCGUCAGCGGUACAGCGAGCGACUGCCAGUACUGCAAGAUCUCAGGCACCGAUCGAUUUCUUGAGAGUAAGAGCAUGAGCUACGAUAACCGCUGGAGGGACUUUGGGCUCUUGUGGGUUUAUUGUGUGUUUAACAUUGCGGCGGCGUUUGCUAUCUACUGGGUCGUGAGGGUGCCCAAGAAGAACAAGGGGAAGAAGGAGUAA